AUGAAUCGUCUCUGCCACUAUCUGUCCAAUCGCCGCCAGAAUUUUCUGGCACAUACGUCAAUCACUGUCGAGUCUGCCCCAUGGCUUAUGAGGGAUCUGGAAAAAAUUGACACCGCCGCGUCGAGGCCAUCGACCCGAUCUCACCAGAGGCAGGAUGAUUCUCCCUCGAUAACGAGGGUGUAUUCUGCGCCGCACAUCGAUAAUCAGGCGGUUUUCUACCCCGAGCCGGAAGAGGAGCUAGAGACGAAUGCAUCCAGCACUCUGAGCUCAGAUCACGCAGAUGCCAACAACGAUGUCGAAAAUGCUCAACCGGCAGAACUCGAGAAGAGCCAGACGUCGAAAUCGCAGCGAUCCCAGCGAGACCCGAAGUUGGUUGCCUGGAAGGGACCAGACGAUGUGGAGAAUCCAAAGAACUGGUCGAUGGGGAAGAGAUGGGCAGCCGUAUUCGUCGUCUCCUGUUUCACCUUCAUCUCGCCGGUCUCUUCGUCCAUGGUGGCCCCGGCGCUGAGUACCAUCGCGACUGAUCUCAAAAUUCAAAACGAGGUCGAAUUGGAGAUGACGCUGUCCAUCUUUGUGCUGGCCUACGCCAUUGGACCGCUAUUCCUGGGUCCACUGUCGGAGAUGUUUGGGCGCGUGAUUGUGCUACAAGUUGCUAAUCUGUUCUAUCUUGUCUGGAAUAUCGCCUGCGGCGUGGCUCGCACGAGAGGCCAGCUGAUUGCGUUCCGGUUCCUGUCCGGUCUGGGUGGGAGUGCUCCGUUAGCUAUUGGUGGCGGAGUGCUGAGCGACUGCUUCCGACCAGAAGAACGAGGGAAAGCCAUGGCCAUCUACAGUGUCGCACCACUUCUCGGACCCGCGGUUGGACCCAUUGCCGGUGGGUUCAUCGCCGAGAACACAACUUGGAGAUGGGUCUUCUACGCGACGUCGAUCGCCGACGGCGUCAUCCAGGUGGCAGGCUUUUUCCUCCUGCAGGAGACGUAUGCGCCUGUUUUGCUCAAGAGAAAGGCCGAAAAGCUCCGCAAAGAGACGGGCGACCCGAGCUGGCACACCGAGUUUGAGACGCCCGAUCGCUCCAUCUUCUCGGUGCUCAGAACCUCUCUAAUCCGUCCAUUCCGGCUGCUCUUCACCCAGCCCAUCAUCCAGGUGUUGGCCCUGUAUAUGGCGUACAUGUACGGACUCAUGUACCUGAUGCUGGCGUCCUUUCCAACCCUCUGGUCCAGCCCGAACCGGUACCACGAAUCCGUCGGGAUCGGCGGACUGAACUACAUCUCCCUGGGCCUGGGGUUCUUCAUCGGAGCGCAGAUAUCGUCGCGGCUGAUCGAUCGCGUCUACCGGACGCUGAAAGCGAAGAACAACGGGGUUGGAAAGCCCGAAUUCCGCACACCGAUGCUCUGCAUCGGCGCGGUGCUGAACCCCAUUGGGCUGUUCAUCUACGGCUGGACAGCGCAGUACCAGACGCACUGGAUCGGCCCGAACAUUGGGGCAUGCAUCUUUGCUGCAGGCACCAUCAUCUCGUUCCAGUGCAUUCAGACCUACGUGGUCGACUCGUACACUCGAUUCGCGGCCAGCGGGCUGGCGGCGGCGGUGGUGCUGCGGUCGGCGGCCGGGUUUGGCUUCCCGCUCUUUGCGCCGUAUAUGUUCAAGGCGCUGGACUAUGGCUGGGGGAAUAGCUUGCUGGGGUUUAUCUCGAUCGGGAUCGGGUUUCCGGCGCCGAUCCUUCUGUGGAAGUUUGGCGAGCGGUUGCGGAAGAUGAGUACUUACGCGGCGGGCUAA